AUGUCCUACCAGCACUAUCGCAACACCACUCUGGGUAUCUCCCUACAAGAUGCACUAGAUCAGCAGAUCAGUACUCAACAGAUUACUCCAGAGCUGGCCCUUAAAGUAAUCAAACAGUUUGAUCGCAGUAUUAGCGCUACCCUGAGUCACAAGGCCAAGACCAAGUACUCAUUCAAGGGAAAGCUGCGUGUGUACCGCUACUGUGACAACGUCUGGACUUGUGUCAUCGAAGAUGUAGAGUUCAAAGAGACGCACGGCAAUGACAUCAUCCAGUCCACCAAAGUCAAGAUCGUAGCCUGUGACGGAACUAAGAAAGACUAG